UUCACCAUGAAGGUUUACUUCUGCUCAGCUCAGCAGCAGAUAUCCAGGAUCAUGAUGGUCUACCUGAAGAACCUGGCAGUCUCCGACUUCCUGCUCUGCCUUGGCCUCCCCUUCCGCAUCAUCAACUACACCAACAGCUCCAUCACCUUCCACGUGAUCUACUGCACCUUUGGAGUCUCCACCUUUUACCUCAACACGUACGCCAGCAUCCUGUUCAUGGGCCACAUCGCUGCUAACAGGUAUCUGAAGAUCAUCCAUCCUUUAGGAAAUCACAUCCUGCAAACAGUGCAGGCUGCCCGCAUCAUCUCCACGGUAACCUGGGUUUUCCUGCUGGCCAUAGUAAUCACCUACGUCACCUUGUCACUACUCACACAGGAAACUCUGACCAAUGUCCCUGACACCUGUGACGCCUUGCGAAGCGCCCAGGUCAAUGUGUUCUUCAAAAUCAUCCACACCUUCUCCACAGCCAUCUUCCUGUUCGUCUUCGUCUCCAUGGUCUUCUUCUACUACAGCGCCUCCCGCACUGUGUUGCUGGCACAGCAGAGGCAGCCGGCAUCCUCCAGCUGCAAGAAGCUGAUGAAGUCACGCAAGAAAAUGUUGUUGCUGGUCAGCGUCUUCUGCAUUUGUUUCGUGCCGUACCACGUGGUUCGCCUUCCCUACACCUUCCUGAGGAGGCGAUGCUCUUUGAGCCAGGUGUUGUACUACCUGAAGGAGACGACCAUCCUGUUGUCAGCUCUCAACAUCUGCCUGGAUCCACUAAUCUACUUCAUCUUUUGUGAGGCGUUCCGGGCUCAGCUGAGCCGUCCACAUAGCAAGAAGGCAAGGAGGCGCAGUGAAGGGCAGCCGAGAGCCACAAACAGUGAGGCAUCGCUCAGCACUUCAACAAGACAAACCGAUGGGCUAUAACUUAAAGGAUCAUUCUGGUGAUUUUCUAUAUUUUUCUUCUUGAGAGUAGGAAAAAAGAGUUGCACACACACUCUGGCUCCAUUUGUAUUUCUCUUUUAUUCGAAUGAUGUUUCGGCUCUCAGGUCUUCUUCAAAUUCAACAAUCAUAUUAGGACACAGGCACGGGUAUGUUAUAUAGGCUACACCCUAGUAACACAGCUGAUGGUGAUUAGAUAAUCAUGUUCCACCAUUAGGGGGAGAAAAACAAUCAAAAGGCCUUCAGAAGAUCAAAACUUUUAACAAACAGUGACAGGAACUACAGCCAAUCAAUUCUCUUCAAAUAAACUGACAAAAACCAAUAUGUUUCAUACCACAUAUAGAGAUUCAAAUUUUACAUUCCCUUUGGUUAAGCACAUUCAAAUAUGUUAAAAAAUACAUUCAUGUU